AUGUCGCUACAGAUCGCUGUAGCUCAUACGGGCCAGCGCCUCGACGCUGAUCCCGUCGCCUUUACUACAGUCGAUGCGCUCAAGCACUGGAUCUCGAGGGCAACCGAGAUAGCGCCCGAGCAACAGGUCUUACUCACAACACAGGGCAAACACGUCAAGCUCCAAGCGCUCUUAACUGAGAAAGAGAUAUUCGUCUUCAGUCGCGAACUCUCCAACAAUCCGCAGGCUGCCAUAUCCUCCACACCACUGCCCGAUGCCUUCCAACCCGACGAUGCGCCGAACCACCUUGCGAAGAACACCGACCUCGGAGCAUGGCAGGCUCUCUUCCAGGCCCGCCGCGACUGGGCCUUUGGCCUGCUCGAAAGGUCGCUCUCCAUGUCCCAGAUCGCCUCGAAGCACUUUGCCGAACAAGCCACCAUCGAGAGAGCAACCCAGGUCGCCGUCGGGAAUCACGAUGCGCACAUCAAGGGCUUGGACCAGAAGUACAAGGCAGCGAGGGAAUGGUACGACGGGGUCGAGAAGGAAGCCGGGGACAACAUACGGCGGCUUGACGCCGACUUUGAGCAGCUGGGAACGGUGCCUGCUACCUUGAACUUCGCGCGCUUCUUGGCCAAGGAGAUGAGAUCUUCCCAGAGCAUUCCCAGUAGUACUCUUGUUCGCAAGACCCUCCAAGAGUUCCUCGACGUCGAAGCGAUCAAAAAAGCUACAUCAACCAGCAAGCGCGUUCGGGAGGCUUUUGGCAAACACAUGGAUAGGAUGCGCAUGCAGCUAGAGAAUAUCGAGACAGAUUACAACCAACUUCUGGGCGCCGUCGGCCAAAGCCAGAGCCGUUCCAUGGCUGAUGACUCCGAAGAGCCCACGCGCCUGUACAACGAGAUCGAUGCCGUCGUUAAGAAGGUCGAGUCGGACUUUGAACACGUCAUGGGGCUAGAAGCAAACCCGAAGUCGGUCGCGCAGGUGUCCAAAAUGGCCUUGCUCCACACACGAAACUUUCUACCGGCCAUACAAGAAUACAGCGUGGAGAUGAGCGAUCUCGUGCGACGGGCGGUGGAGCAGAAGAACGCUGCCAUCAGGAACUCGGUCGAGAGCAUGCAGGGUAUCGCAAACAUCGAAUCGGUCAUUGCGAGCGUCGGCGCGCAACUUGAGCAGAUCAGUAUCCCAGACGAUGGUGUCGCUGCCUUUGAGCUCAUUUCCCUCGUCGGUCGGCUGCCUUAUGUAUACGGUACACUGCUAGUCGAAGCCGUCCGAAGACGGGAGUGGACAGAAAGGAUGGAGAAGGAUACAUCCUCGCUUGCUGAGGAAAUGGCAACCUUUCAGGAAGAGGAAGAGCGUCGGCGCAAGCGAUGGCUGAAGCCAAUAUCAGAUGUUGUAAACCUCGAAGCCUUGCAAGGUGGCUCAUUAGGAUUCGAGCUUAAUGUGCAACCUGAAAAGACCGUCUGGCCGAUGGUCACUCGAGAAGAGCUCCAAGAUUACCUCCAGGACUUGCAGAGACUGGAUGGACAGCAAUCGGAAGCCGAAUUAUUUGCCCAAGCUAUUAAGGAUCUUGACCGACCUACAAAGCAGCAGAUCAAACGCGCGAAGAACUUCAAGAUGGGUAGUGUUCAUGAGCCAGCUUUCGGCAGAGGCUCUCAGCUCAUGAUGCGAGGCGAUGAUGAGCUACGUGUACUCAAAGAGGGCAAUGCAAAGCUCGAGGAGGAGCUGAAAGGCUAUAGGAGCCGGGUGCGACGAUUGGAGGAUCUGGUACAUCGCCAGAGUACGGCCAACAGACUCUCAAUAGGUGGCGCGCCUCCCUCAUUCGGUAUACCUGACCCAACCGACCCCGCGACGCCAACAACAGAAGUCGCUUCACCGAGACCCCAAGAAGAGCUAUCCCGUCGCUCUUCGAUCUCUUCCAGGCGCUACUCGGCGAAUACAGGACAAGAAGACAAGCGUCGUAUUCUUCGCCUUGAACAACAGCUCGCGGCGGAGAAAGAGGCUCGUGCCAAACUUGAGAGCGAUGCGCAAGCACGGAGAGACGAGGAUGCAGAUCAGCAACGCCAGUUUGAGGAGGCCAUGUCAACCAAGAACAACAUCAUGGAAAACAUGCGAGCGCAACAAAAAGAAUUUGCCGACGAACGCAAAUCGCUCGAAGACGAGAUCCGCGCAUGCAAGGCCAAGAUCGAAGAAGCCGAAGAAGAACUUGAUCGCGUCCUAGGCAGUCGGGAUAAUGAGCGAACAGGUGUAGAUGCUAGAGUCCAGGAGCUGGUUUCGCAACUCGAAACAACCCGCAAAGAUGCUGCCGAACAGAGUAAACAAGCAGAUAAGCGCAUCGAAGCUCUUCAAGCGGAGCUCCGUGAGCGCUCAGCAGUCAACACGCAGGAGUUUGACUCGCUGACAGCAACCUUCAACCACCUGUCGCCAGGUACCAACGUACCGGACGAUCACGCUACGCUUGUCGCACAACUUGAAGAUCUUGCAGCGCGAUCACUCAACCACCAAAAAGAGCUAGAACAGGCUGUGGCGAUGGCAAAGUCAGACAACGAAAACGCCCAUGCUAGGAUCGAAGAGCAAGAACAAGACUUCAACACCAAGCUUGCCGAACACGAGAAGGAAGUUGCAGCUGUCCGCGAAGAGCUUGACGUGGAGAAGGCCCGUGUCACUUCUAUCACUACAGAACUUGAAGAGGAACGAGAGCACCUACAUAGCCUCCGCGCCAAGUUCGCUGAAGGCGAGACCGGCUCCGAAGCUCUCCGGAAGCGCGUUGAGGAGGAGGAGGCCAAGGUUGGUCGUCUUCAAACCGAGCUCGCAGAAAAGAGCUCGCACGCCAACAGCCUCGAUGUCGAGCUUAUGCGCGUAGAGAAGAAACUCCGCAAGCUUGAGGAAGCGGACUCGUCCCGUACUCACCAACGUAUGCAUCGGGCGAAGGACCUUAGUGAACGGCUAUACACGCAGCAUGAGCGUCUGAUCCGUCUAGUCGAGACACUUGGAUUCGUCAUCACUCAUGAGAACGGUGAAAUGAUCCUCCAGCGAGCGUCUAGACUUGGGAAUAGCACCAUCAUGACAGACACUAGUGCAGGACUUAGUCGAAGUACAACAACGCCCUCGCCCACUCCCCUCAAGCGUUUCUUGGAAGACGUCGGAGAUCUUCACUUCCUCCAAUGGACCGAAUCUACAAGCCCAGAGGAAGAAGAUCAGCGGUAUCAGGAACUUAUUCAGAAGCUCGAGCUCUUCAACACCGAAACCUUUAGCGACGCUGUUGCGAAGCGGAUGCGCGACAUGGAGCAUACUGCACGAAAGUGGCAGAAAGAAGCCCGAGCAUAUCGUGACAAGGCCCAUCGCUUCCAGGCUGACUCGCAUGACAAGAUCGCCUAUCGCUCCUUCAAGGAAGGCGACCUUGCACUCUUCUUGCCGACCCGCAACAAUGCCCAUCGCCCUUGGGCUGCCUUCAACGUUGGCGCACCACAUUUCUUCCUCCGCGAGCAGGACACGCAUAGAUUGGGAGGGAAAGAGUGGCUUGUAGCGCGCAUUUCGAAGGUGGAGGAGCGCGUUGUCGACCUUUCCAAGACGAUGGAUGGUGCAACUCGAGCAUCGUUAGAUGGUCGAUCUGUCGCCUCUAGCAAUGCCAUUUCAUUCGAAGACGACAAUCCUUUCGAUCUAUCCGACGGAUUACGAUGGUACCUGCUGGAGGCGACUGAAGAGAAGGCGAUGGCUCCAGGCACCCCAGGUAUUAAAGGUGCAGUCACGGUGAAGAGCAGCCUAGAAACCGGACUGGGCGAGAUGCAGAAAGCCAAGAAGAAGUCCUCCAUGGACCCGGCAACUCAACUUGGGAAAUCACUCGACAGUCGCCGCAGCAGCGGGACAAGCAAGAAGAGCGCGCCCCUAGUUGGCCGUCACAAUUCGGCUGAAGCGCUCUCGCCAGCUGAACGUCCCGACUCGAACCCAAACUCUGCGACAGCAACACGGGGCGCGAGCCCAGCUGGCACACAUGGUCCUAGCCAUCUCAGGGAGUCGUCAACGAACGGCGUAGACAAGUCUGCGGACGAUGGAAAUGGAGGCAAUUCCUCCAUCGCCCAGCUCCAAUCCCCCCGCAAGACCUCCAUAUCAGGCCCAUCGAAUACACGAUCGGAUACAUCUCCCGUCAAAAGCAGACUCGGAAGUCAAGGCGAUCUGAGAAGUCCUCUUAGUGACUCUCGAAAGUCGCCGCUCGCGAGGAAGGGAAGCAUAUGGGAUUCGUUUUUUCAGUACGACAUCGAAUAUCAGGGCAAAGCAUCGAAGAAAUAG